AUGCUUGUACUGUACCGUCACGUACCGGCCACCAAAGUACUUCCAUUUCGACUUCUAUUCGAAGAACUGAGUGGAGUUUUGUACAUAAUCCGCAUACAGGACUCGGAGGAGACAUGCAAGAAGGAUCUGAGAAGUCUUCACAAUUCUUUCUGGAAGCUUUGCAUGCCCGACAAAUCUGAGAGCAACAAAUCCAAGGAAAGGAUCCAGUCUAAGGGAGCUCUUGCUGAAGUACGGAACACAUCAGCAAGUAAAGCAGUAACGGUAGAAGUCGAACAUGAAACAGAAAGCUUCGCGGUAGCUGAGGACGAGUGCACUUCCAACAGCGAUCAACACGAUCAUAAUGGUUUUGUACCACUGGAUAUAAAAAUUGAAAAUAUGAGUAAUGUCGGGCCACUGGAAAUCCAAAAGAUCCCAGUUAUCUCGCAGGAUGUUCAUUGGGAUCCGCACUUCGUCAACAAUUCAUUCGAGUUUGAACGGUUGAUGGUAGGAAACGAAGUUGGUAUUUUCCCCGAGAAGAAAGGGCUGCUGCUGUACAAAAACUGUGUAAUAAUCAGCAGAAAUAUUCCAAAUGGUCAAUCGGUAAAACUCCCGGUCUGCGCCGAAUCGAGAGAUAAGACCACAACCGUGUCAUGGCUUAUGUUCGAAUAUUCGUCGAUGCUGAGUAUGGGUGUCAGCUACACAAAUGAGAUUUGGGCACUGGAGAAGAGCAACAGGAGCGAGCGUAGCGACGUAGCCUGUUUGCCAGGAGUUGAAGGAAGGAGGAAUGACAGUGAUCAGCAUCGAUGGAGGACGAGGCAGCGAGGCGAUACGAGGCCUAGCGGAUACUCUGGAGAUGCCACUAAUAUCGCUCACGUCGCCACAAUAUCCUCAGGAUCCUCCAAACUUGUAAAAUCUGCACAACGGUUAUCAGCAAAAGGAAAUACAGCAAGUUGCUUCUUUGCUAAUGAUUACAGCUUCGAAGUGUCAGUACGCCCUUCCUCCGCAGAAAUUCUCGCUGACUUCAUCAUUCACAAGCAAUGGAGAGAGUUGACACUGCUAACGGAUGGAGAAGACUCUGGUGUCUCUCUUCCUUGGCUCUGGCACCAUUUGCAUAAAAAAUCCAACCGAUCCAUAAAUGCGCAACUACUCGAGUUGCCGAGGGAUCCUGCAAAGUUCCGCGAGUUUUUAAGGCAGUUUAACCUUGGACACUCCAACUGCACGAACAGGAUCCUCAUCGACACCACUUCGUCAUUUCGACAGGAGAAGUUCCUCGCAGCUAUUAGGACCGCCCAAUUCACCCAGGCAAACUACCACUAUGUCAUUGCCAACUUUGAUUUCUUACCCUACGAUGUGGAAAUGUUCCAAAAUGGAAAUAUCAACGUUAGCGGCUUCCAACUGAUCCACAAGGAAAGCCGAGCCUAUUGGAACCUCAAAAAGCGCCUUAAAAAGUUGGACGAUACCUUCGUCAACACGUACAGCGACGUCGAUAGCCAAACAGCGCUCUCUCAUGACGCCAUGCUGGUUGCGUGGACGGGAUUCGCGAAGUGUCUUGCCGCCAAUGACUCGUUGUUCCAUGGCACUUUCCGACACGGGCGAUUCUUCAACCGAGGUUAUCCAGGUAUCUACUGCGACCCACUGGCAGAUCGUGUGCAUCCUGCAAGACCAUUCGCGUCGUUCGAACAUGGAAGGACAGUAGCAAAAGCUUUGCGCGGACUAAGGAUCGAUACAAAAGACGGGACUCUCACGGGCAAUAUUGAAUUUGACCGUUUCGGGCAACGAAGAAAUUAUGAUGUGGCUGUAAUCGACCUAGUGUCGAACACAAAAGCGACUUUCAAUAGCAAAGAGGUACUUGCGUGGAGACAAGGAACUGGUUUCAUUGCUGAUAAAACUAUAGCACAACACACUCGCAAAGUCAUGGAUAAUCGAAGCAAGAACGUUGUACGAGUUGUUACUGUUUGGGUAGCUCCGUUCGUAAUGACGAAGCGCGAAUGCAUGACACCAAACAAUCGCAGCGAAUGUGAGGGCAACAACAAAUAUGAGGGAUAUUGCAUAGACCUGCUGAAGCUGUUGGCCGAUCGCAUCGAAGGGUUUAACUUCGAGGUGUACCUCGGCGAAAAGACAGGAUCCAAACUGCCAGACGGAAGCUGGGACGGUAUGAUGGGGGAUCUGCUUAACGGGAAGGCAGACGUCGCUGUAGCUUCACUCACCAUCAAUCAAGAGCGUGAGCGUGUGGUCGACUUUUCUAAACCGUUCAUGACAACCGGCAUCUCAAUUAUGAUCAAGAAGCCGGAUAAGCAGGAGUUCUCCGUUUUUUCAUUUAUGCAGCCAUUAAGCACAGAAAUCUGGAUGUACAUCAUAUUUGCAUACAUUGGGGUAUCUGUCGUCAUAUUUUUGGUUUCCCGAUUUUCUCCGUACGAGUGGAGAGUCGAGGAGACCGCGCGCGGAGGGUUCACGAUUUCUAACGAUUUUUCUGUUUACAACUGCCUCUGGUUCACGCUGGCUGCCUUCAUGCAACAAGGGACUGAUAUUCUGCCAAGGUCCAUAUCUGGUCGAAUAGCUUCUUCUGCGUGGUGGUUUUUCACCAUGAUUAUUGUUUCUUCGUAUACUGCCAACCUGGCUGCGUUUCUUACAUUGGAAAAGAUGCAGGCGCCGAUUGAAAGCGUAGAAGACCUUGCGAAGCAGACGAAAAUCAAGUACGGAAUUCAAGGUGGAGGAUCCACUGCAUCUUUCUUUAAGUACUCAUCGGUGCAGAUUUACCAGCGAAUGUGGCGUUAUAUGGAGUCCCAAGUACCGUCGGUGUUUGUAGCAAGUUACGCAGAGGGCAUUGAGAGAGUUCGAAGCCAUAAAGGAAGAUAUGCAUUUCUUCUCGAAGCCACAGCGAAUGAAUACGAGAAUACGCGCAAACCUUGUGAUACGAUGAAAGUUGGAGCGAACCUAAACAGCAUUGGUUACGGCGUGGCCACCCCGUUCGGCUCAGACUGGAAGGAUCACAUCAACCUUGCGAUUCUUGCAUUGCAAGAAAGAGGAGAAUUAAAAAAACUUGAAAACAAAUGGUGGUACGACCGCGGCCAGUGCGAUCAAGGCAUAACUGUGGAUGGUUCCUCCGCUUCUCUCAAUUUGUCGAAGGUUGCCGGGAUUUUCUAUAUUCUGAUGGGAGGCAUGAUCGCUUCCAUGAUAGCUGCCCUUGGAGAGUUCCUCUAUAGAUCUAGGAUUGAGGCGAGGAAGGCAAACUCGAAUUCACUCGUUGGGAGCUUCGCGAAGAAUCUGAGGUCCGCCCUCUCUUCUCAGCUGCGGCUGUCAAUCCAAGGUGGAGCAGUCGCACCACCAGGAACUCAGUCGCACGAAGCGCUGAAGAGACAGCAGGCAGCAUCGUUUUUGCCCGCGUCCAACAACGAUGAGAAGAAUGAACGCAUACCGGAAAUAGUGGAUAGAGAGAGCAGACCGGCCUCCAUUUUUUCCUAUAAUACAGCUGUGUAA